UGGAAUGUCAAAACGACCUCGAAUUGUUUCGGUUUAUGCUGCAAAUUAUCCAGAUAUAUUUGCACAAAUCCUAGAAAAAACCAAGUCGGUACAAGUUUCGAAAGUUCUCACCACCGCAACUUCGGUGGCCAAAACCGCGGUGAUGGCUCGAUCGUUAGUCCAAAAUUAUGUGCCUCACGAGGUGCGACACUACAUCUCAGAUGAAUUCCGCCGCCGCUUCGUUCUUGACUUUUCCUCUCAAUUGACAAUAACCAUCGAAGAAUAUGAAGGAUACGUUCGCAAUGAAGUCUUUGAGGCUGCCAAGGCCUAUCUAGCCACCAAGAUCUCUCCUUCCAACAAGAAAAUCAAAGUGAGCAAACACGCCAAAGAAAAAACCUACGACGUCACCGUGGAACGUGACGAGGAAGUUGUGGACACUUUCAACGGCGUCCAGUUCCGUUGGGUCCUCCGCUGCCGCCAUGUUGAGUCAAACAAAGUCAGAUCUGAGGUCAGAUCGUUCCAGCUCAACUUCCCUAAGAAAUUCAAAGACAUAGCCCUUGAAUCUUACUUGCCAUUCAUAGUGAAAAGAGCCACGUUAAUGAAGCAAGAGAAGAAAAAGCUCAAGAUCUUCACUCUCGACAGAGGCUGGUACUCAGGCACGUGGUCCUCUGUUACCCUUGACCAUCCUUCUACUUUCAAGACGCUAGCAAUGGAUUCAGAUGUCAAGAGAAGUGUGAUGGAAGAUCUAGACAAGUUCGUAAAGCGGAGCGACUACUAUAAGAGGGUUGGUAAAGCUUGGAAGAGAGGAUACUUGUUAUACGGUCCACCAGGCACAGGGAAGUCAAGCUUGAUCGCAGCCAUGGCCAAUUAUCUCAACUUUGAUAUUUAUGACUUAGAGUUAACUGCGGUUCGCGACAAUUGUGAGCUCCGACAGUUGUUGAUUGCCACUGCUAAUCGUUCGAUUAUUAUUGUGGAAGAUAUUGACUGCUCGCUCAAACUGAAUAAUAGGACAGCUGAUGAAUCUGAUGAUGAAGAAGAAGCUCCUGUGAAAUCACGAAAGAAGAAGGUGACACUCUCUGGACUGCUAAAUUUCAUUGAUGGUCUAUGGUCAAGCUGCGGGGAAGAACGAAUCAUAAUAUUCACACCAAACUACAAAGAGAAACUCGACCCGGCCUUGUUAAGGCCUGGACGUAUGGAUAUGCACAUUCACAUGUCGUACUGCACGCCGAGUGCUUUCAAGGUUCUUGCUUCAAACUAUCUAGAGAUCCAAGAGCACCCGCUUUUCACCAAGGUCGAGGAAUAUAUUGAGGCCAUAGAGGUUACUCCAGCAGAUGUGGCGGAACAACUUAUGAGGAAUAAUGACUCUGUUGAUAAGAUUCUUGAGGGUUUGGUCGAGUUUUUGGAAGCCAAGAAGAUCAAAAUGGAACAAGAUAAGGCCAAAAAGGAACAAGAUAAGGCUAAAAAGGAAGAGCAAGAAUUGGAGGAGCAACUAGCGAAGGACAAGGAAACCAAAAACAAGAAAAAAGAUUCGGUUGUGAAGAAAAAACGAAAAGGUUGAUGAAUAAGCUAAUUCUCUGUUUUUUUUACUUGGAACAUUUUUUUUUCUUUUAUUUUUUAAAUAAACCUUUCCUAUUUAUAUGCGUACUCUUUAUUUCAUGAAAAA